AUGAUGAUGCAAGUGUGGUGUUCCUUGUUGAUGUGGCCAUUGUUGUAUGUUGGGGGAGAUGUAGAAAAUCUGAUGGUGCCUGCUGAAGAUCAGGAAGGCAGUUGUGGUGGGCUGCCCAGGUGUCCGACGAACACUUUGUGCUUUAGGCCAGCCAAGUAGGUGUAUUGCUAUAGUUGUGUAGUGUGCUUAGAUAUUUAAAUCCAAGAAUGUGUGUCCAUCCAAGCUGGAAACUCCCGGGAGAUUUGCUCCUCCCGAAGCCGCCGUACACUCCAUCGCCAACGGCUGUUGUUUGCGAUGUUUCCGUUGUGUGGUGGCCAAUGUUUUUGUUUUGGAUCUUUUUGUGUUCGUAA